AUGGAGGUUCUUCAGCCCCUCCUGUCUUGGGCCGUCCCACAACGACCAGACGCAUCGUCGUCGGUGUCCGGCACUUUUGGUCCGCCAGCUCUGCAGUCUCAGCAGCGAAGGCCCCUGCUGGACUGGAGAGCAGCUCUCGCAGCCUCUCAGGCUGCACGCAUCAGCCGUGACCAGCGGCUCGCGCUGCAGCCUCUGGAGCAGGGUCCCAUCACCUCGGAUAGCCUCCCCUCCCAGCGCUGCGGGACACGGCACAAUCUUGCCAUCGCAGCGAGCAACAGACCUGCCAGCUCAAGCUUAUGCCACCCAACGGACCCGACUGCAUCACAUCUUCCAGAUCUCACACAAAUGGAUAAUGCUACUGAUGCAGCUCAGCCGCCGCCAUCACCCCCUAGCCACUUGCACAGCAAUCACUCCCCCAAUCCCAUCGCCGCAAGGUUGUCAAAAAGCCCCGUACCUGCGGCUGGCAGACCCAACAAUUCCCAAGCAGAAGCCUGCGGCGAAACCCGUCGAACGACAUCCCCGGCGCCGUCGCAUCAGGGGCCCUCCGCAUCCUCCGGUCUGCCGCAGUGCGUGGAAGCAGCCGCCUGGUCGACGGCCCCAGGCGCGGCGGCCCUACCACCGCCGCUCGCUGCCUGGGGGAUCCUGCUCCUGGGCCCGCCCGCUGCCCAGACCUCCGGAGCACCUGCACCAGGAAGGGCGUGUCGAAGCCCUGUCACGAGCAGCAGAAGCAAUGAUGGUGAUGCAGGAAGCUGCAAGCAACAGACUAGUGAUAGUGAGGUGGAGAGCAGCCGCAGCCGCGGUCACCGGUACCGCUAUGGUCGGCGCAGCCACGACGGCGCCGUGCAUAUGUCGCCCUCCGGUGACGGCCUUCUGCUCCCAAAAAGGAGCACUGAUCCUUCACCGUCACAGCCAUCUUCGCCAAGGGCGACAGCAGCAACAACAGCAGCCACAGCCAUCAGUCCCCAGGCGGAGCGCGGCACACAGACAGACUAUGUGUGCGCGGCGCAGAGCGGCUCCGACAAUACAGUGCUGGAUCCCGUCGGCGGAGGGCCUCUCACCAACCGCGUCUUAAACCGCCGGCGCUCCUACACAGUCCUAUACGUACGGGACUAUGAUUACGAUGACGAUGGCAGGCCAGCGCCGGUGCCGAGCCCGGGUUCCGGCGAUAGUAGUGCUGGUCUGCAAGCUGGUGCGCCUGCUGGUGAGGUUGCGGGUGCUGUUGGGGCCGCUGUCAGCGCCGCCAUCGGGUCCCGCCGGCGGCAGGAGCGCGAGCCGCCGCCGCAGCAGCAGACACCGUCACAGGCACCGCCGGAUGCUGCUGUUACUGGAGAUCCUGGAGGCCGCCUCGAGGGGACGGCAAGUCCCGGAGGGAUCGACGGGGUUUCACCCAGUGUGGGAUUAACGGACGCUUCGCAGCACCUGCCGAAGAGCACCAGCAGCUCCAGCAGCAGCAGCGGCGCCCACAGACACAGCAGUAGUCCUCGCAGCGGUCCCAGCGCUGUUGCAUCGCGGGUAACCGCAUCGGAGCCUGCGCACCUCGAGACUACACCCGUAGGCGAGGAUACGGCUACUACUACUACUACUGCUGCUGCGGCGGCGGCGGCGCUGGAAGCAAAUCAGGCCCUUCAUGCAGGCCCGGUCAUCGGCGAUGCAAAUGCCGGUGAUGGUGUUGAUGCUGUUGCUGGGGUAGGCAGCAGCGGCCCUAUUGCUGGAGGUGAGACCAACGAGGCCCAGAAAAUGGCUAUGGUUUCGGAGCCAGCGAUGGGGACCCGGCUGCGUCCACAGGGCCCUGCUAGGGACGUGGUCUCGGGUCGAACCCCGGUUCGAUUAGGAGCUGCUUGGGAAGCCGCAUUGGGCGUAGAUCCGCUGGUGGCGGUGGCGCGCACCGCCUGGGCAGCUCCUGCGCCUGCGCCUGCUCAGGCAACACGGACAAAGCCCAAGAGAGCACCUCUGGAACCCCCAUCAGCAGCUGCAGAAGCAGAAGAAGCUCAGUCGCUGGCAGGCCCUGAGCCGGUGAUGCGGUGGCGGCAAAGGAGCCGCACAGAUCAGGAGGCGAAGCGCCCUUUGACCUUGCCUGCAAACAGCGCCCAAGCGGCCAGGGCGGCGGGCGGCGGCUGCGUCGCCGCGGGUUCCCGAAAGGGAGGCAGAGCUGACGUGACGAGUCCGCAACGCAGCGUCCCUCUGUGGACGGCACAUAAGCUGGCGGCGCCGCCACCACCGCGCGGCGACGGCGGCGGAGACGUACUGCCGCCGCCCCCAGCCGCUUCCGCUGGGAGUAAAUUCACAGCAGCAGAUGCUACUGCAGAGGUGGCGGCGCAGGUUGACACCCCUCCGCGCUUCCGACGUGAUCGCCGGAGGCCCGGCAUGGGUUGCGCCGCGGCGGCUGUGGCGCGCGCCAUCGCCGCCGCCGGCGGCUGUGGCGCCAGCGCCAGCAGCGGCGUCAGGAGAUGGGUGCCAACGCGGACUGGGUUGCGAGCGCGGGUUCUGGUGCGGAGAAAAGUUCAUGCCAGCGGCGGCGGCGGCGGCGGCGUCAAUCUGCACCCGGGCUGCGGCAACGGCGCUCUCGGACAGAGGGGGGUUCACCUGGUGCAGCGGUUGCUCCUCACCGCCCUGGCAGCCCUAGCAGCCCUAUGGGCCGCCCUGCUUCACGGCCGAGACGCCAAGGCCACCGGCACGAUCAACCCCACAAUCACCCCUAUGCCCACAGCCAAGACAGCCGCGACCACAGCGCCUACAAUGUCAGCAAUGUUGACGGCAGCGGCGGCGGUGGCGGCAGCAGCCGCGGUGCCGCUGAUGGUGAUAAUGUUGAGCGAAACUACAGCGCCGGUCGCCCUGACGUACCAUCCCUCAAGGAGAUCUCCACUUUCGGCACAUCCGCCGGCGUUGCGUCAGUUGCAGCGGCCGUUGGGGGUGCUGGGUAUGAUGGGGCUUAUGGUGAUGGUGAUGGUGAUGCAGGGCGUACCAUCAAGCGCCGACAGGUACCGGUCUCCGUACGGUCGGCGCUGCUGCCGCAACCCGCGGGGCCGGCGACGCAAUGCUGCGAUGGCGAUGUGUCUUUCGAUCAUGCAGCGGCGCGUGUGUCAGAGGGCCCGCCGCCUCGAGGGUGGGGAGGCGCGGCGGUUGCAGCCCCGUUAUGCCGUACGGCCGCCGGCGGCGGCCACCCGUGGUUUCACAGCUGUCGAGGAUGGAACGGCCGCCGCUGCGUCGGGACACGUUGUGCAGCCGGCUGUCGCCACGGUUGGAUCGGGGGUGCUGCCCUCGUCGUUAUCCUUCGCAGCCUCCUGGCUGGGUGCUUUGGACGGAAGAAUGUCCAGACAGCGGACAGCGGAAAGUGCGCAGCAGGUCGCCAGUGGUGGUCCUACAGUCGCCGUCGCGGGUACCGCUGCCACCGCCGCAUCCUUCAGCGGCAACGCAGGGGGGAACCGGCCGCCGCUGCGUGAGGCAGUUCAUCCCGCCGAGCCGCCGCCGCCGCCGCCGCCGCCAGCGCUACAGCCAAGUGAAGUGAGUGCGAAGACGACUGGUGCCCGGCGAACUGGACCGUGGCCCCUUGGCGGCAAGACGUCGUUUGCAGGCAGGCAGGCCUCCCAACCCUUGACUUCCGACCUCGCUGAUAGUGGCGGCGGCAGCCACAGUCGGGUUUCGGGUGGCACGGCAAUGCAGUACGCGGAUCUGUCGGCGCCGUCGGCGCCGUCCUCGGAUAGUACCACCGCUGCCGCCGCCGCCGCCUCCAUGGCCUCAAGUCGACCAUGGCCCAUCACGGGGCUUCUUUCUGUGGGAUCUGGCCCUCCAUCGGCAGCCACGUCCGACAAGCUGCUGCCGCCAGGUCAGCUACUGCCGCCGCCGCCGCAACGGCGUGCAGAGCCGCUUCUGAAGGAAGAAGAGGUGGAGAAGGAGGGGCAGCUGGCUCAGUGGCUCAAGGAGCAUACCUUGGCGUCGGGUACUGUUGCACCCUCACAGCCCAUCCAGGUAAUUGUGACGGGUCCGACCACAACCAUCCUCACGACCUCCAUCAACAUCAUCAGCAUCAUCAGCAUCAGCGCACACAAGUACAACAACAAGUACAACAACGCCAACAACAACAAGUACAACAACGCCAACAAGAAUACCCACCACAGCUCCAGCAGGCCGGGCAGCCGGGCCUUAUGGUGGUUGACCUCGUGCAGCUCCUAUCCACAGCCCUCGCCUACCCAAGCCUCCUUUGGCUACACAUCUGGGCCCGGCGACAGUGCGGUAGGCGUGGUGCAUUUGGCCGGUGGGGCGGGUGUGGAGGUGACGGUGAAGCUGACGGGCCUGUCGGGUGCACGCGCAGCGGCGGUAGAGCAGCCGCCGCCGAUGCUGGUGUACGGGGAUACGCGUCAUUCUGGUGACCAUGCAUCGACGAUGUACGGAAUACAGCGCGGGUCCCAAGGUGGUCCAGGCAAAGCACACCGUCCCACCAAGGAGGCAACUGAAACAAGCGUGGGAGUCAGCCCGCAUAUUGCGCGCUACUAG